UCUUGUACCCCUAUUGUGCCAUCUCUCUCUCUCUCUCUCUCUCUCUCUCUCAAAGAGAGAUUAUACAUAAACAUAAGCAUGAAUACUAAAGAGAUGGAGGUGACUCUGAUCAAUAAAGAGGUGGUGACAGUGCAGUUGCCAAAGAAUGAGGACCAUUGGCUACCACUCUCUAACCUAGAUUUGUGUAUUUUACAUCCAUUGGAUUUUAGUAUCUUCUUAUGUUACAAGAAGCCCACUUAUAAAGACAAUGGGAACUCUAUGGCCAUGGUUGAGGUUCUCAAAAAGGCCUUGAAAGAAGCGCUAGUGCCCUACUAUUUCCUUGCUGGUGAGAAAGUGCCAGACUCCAUGGGUGAGCAUAAGCUUCACUGCAACAACCGUGGGGUUGACUUCACGGAAGCUUUUGCAAAUAUAGAACUUCAAAAACUCAAUUUGAAUGAACCUGAUGAGACCAUUGGCUGCAAACUUGUACCCAAGAAGAAGAAUGGCGUGCUGGCUAUCCAGGCAACUGGGUUCAAAUGUGGUGGUCUUGUGCUGGCAUGCACAUUUGACCAUCAAAUAGUAGAUGCAUACUCGGCAGGCAUGUUUCUUGUUUCAUGGGCUGAGAUUGCUCGAUCUAAACCCUUCUCUUCACUACCAACUUUCAACUGCGCGAUGCUCAAUCCUCGACAUCCCGUUUACUUUGAUCCUUCCCUUCACAACUUGUAUGUCCCCAUCACCAUGUUCAACCCUUCCAAUGAUCCAGAACCCAGUGCCAACCAUUUCGAAAACCGCAUAUGCUUAGUAAAGGCAGACAUAAUUAACCAACUCCAAUCACAAGCCAGCACCAAGGAAAGCAAAAGGACUAAACUAGAGUCUUUCAGUGCACUUUUGUGGAAAAUUAGUGCCAAAAGCGCUAAAAACAAAGGGGUAUCAAAAUUGGGCAUUGUUGUUGAUGGCAGGACAAUGCUUAGCUUUGGAGACAAAGAGAAAACAUCACUAAUGUCUUCUUACUUUGGAAAUGUGUUGUCUAUUCCCUAUGAUUCUAAGAAAAUUGAUGAGCUUAUUGAAAAGCCAUUGAGUUGGGUGGCUAAUGAAGUUCAUGGAUUUUUGGAAGGUGCAAAGACUAAAGAACAUUUCUUGGAUUUGAUAGAUUGGGUGGAGGCUCAUCGUCCAGUGCAAAGUUUGGCAAAGGUAUAUAGUAGUGGCAACAAAGAAGGACCAGCUUUGGUGGUUUCAUCAGGACAACAUUUUCCAAUAUCAAAGGUGGAUUUUGGGUGGGGAAAGAGUGCAUUUGGGUCAUUCUAUUUUCCAUGGGGUGGGAAUGUUGGGUAUGUGAUGCCAAUACCAAGUCCAUCUGGUAAUGGUGAUUGGGUGGUGUACAUGCACAUGUUGAAAAGGGAAUUAGAGUUGAUAGAGUGUGAGGCUGCACUUGUGUUUAAGCCUUGCACUUCAUAUUGUCUUAAUUAACAUUGAUGAUUGCCUCCAAUUAUGCAAUCACAGUACAUAUCUAGUCGGCUAAUCCUAUAGUUAGCCAGUUUCUCUGCAUUUUUAUGAGCCAAAAAUAAACUGCUUUAUUUCGAAUGUGUGGAGUGAGGCAAAUCAUUAGUGUGAUUAUUAGUGAAACUAGUAAUUAUCCAUUCAUGUGUACAAGAUUGGCUGAAGACAGUUUCAGAUUCUCUAAAGUUUGUAAAAUAACUUCACUAUGAAGGUUCUAAAGUUCUAUCCAUAUAAUUUGAAAUGACUUGAUUGGAUUU